AUUAUAUCAUACUUUUUAAGAACCAUUUAUCAAUUUUUUGUAACCAUUUUCUUAAUCAAAUGAUUGACUAAAAAGUAAAAACACUCAAAUGAUUUAUGAAAUUAUUUCAAGCCUUCUAUUAAUUUUUGUGUAAUUAUUUUUUAUGCAUCUAUGGAGAUUUCACAUUUCAGAUCACUAGGAUUAAUGCAUAUGAUGGAAAAUGAGCUAUGCUAUUCAAGUAUAUAUAGAGGUUGUUGAUCAUAGCUAUAUCAUUUGAUAAUCAAACGUUCUUUUAUUUCUUAUAUUUUUUCAAUAAUUCACAAUGACAUGCUCAUUUGAAGGUCAUGAAUGUCGUGAAUAUUAUAAUGCAUAUUUUUAUAGAACGAUUCAUCACAUAAUGCAUUUCUAGAAGCAAAGGAGACUCUUUGAAGGUACAAAUCUUGUUCAACGUAAAUAUGUAAAUACCUAAAAAAAAACAUAUAUUAUUGUUAAGUAUUGACAUAAUAUAAAAUAGAAUAUAUUUGAUGAGAUAUCGGCUAAAACUAGGAUGAAUUUCAUUAGCAAUAGCAAGUGAUAGGUUUAGAUAUGAUCAGCCACAACUUUAUUUACAUGAGAUACAUAUGUCAUUUCUCAUCAUGACAUCAUAUGAGCUAAUACCAGUAGCCUGAAAUGUGGCAGCAAACAGAAUUACAAAAAUAUGCAUUCACAUAACAUAAAAGUUCAUAUAAUAACAAAGAAUUACCUUUUGGAUUUCUUCUUACAAUAGCAAUAUAUAUAUAUAUAUAUAUAUAUAUAUAUAUGUGUGUGUGUGUGUGUCAUAGAUGUUCCAUUUGAGCUGAAGAACACAUGCUAGUGUCUCUAGCUCGAUUCAGCUAACAACAUAUUUUGUAGAAAAAUGCUUUAACGAGGUGGACUCUAUGUUGAAUUAUUUCAAAAAUGUUAUAAUUAUAUCAGCACAAUGCAAAGAACAAAUUUUAAAAUGACAAUCUGUUUGUACAUGAUCAAUUAGAAGUUUUAUAUCUCUAUACAAGUUUUUCCAGUUUUGUCGUUAACUAAUGAUACUGCAUCAUGUAUGCUAAUACAAUUAUAAUAUAUCUGAGUAUAAGAUCUACACAGACUUGUGUCUCCAAUUUUCCAAAAGUUGUCUUGCAAUCUCAUCAAAAGGUACAUAGGUACACGCAAAUAAGCAAUAUAAAAUCAUUAGUUUUACAUUUUAGAGAAGUUUUUCAACUCAAAAUCAUAAAUACCAGUUUCUUAACAAUUAAAAGUUUAAGAAGAUAUAUACUUAGCAACCAAAAGGAAAUACACAUGCAGGUAGAAGAAGCUUCAACCAAAUAUUUUUAAUUAUCGAGGAUGAACCUUUUUCAAAAUAAUAACAUCUGUCUUUUAAAAUAAAACAUUAUUAUUGGACCUAACACUUAGUCAUAAAAUAUAUUAUGUAAAAUGUCACCAAUAAUUAAAACGUUAGAAUUCCAUUAAGUAAUUAGAAUUAACAUUAUACUAAUAGAUAUGUUUUCAAACAACAUAAUAAUUAAUCGUGUAUCUAAAUAAUAAAAAAUAUUAUGUCUCACUUUUUAAUAAUUAUUUAUUAAUCUUUUUGAACUAUUUACUAAAUCAAGUAAUUGACUAAAAUAUUUAAAUAAUUUAUAAAAUUUCAAGCCGUCUAUUAAUUUUUAUGUGAUUACUUUUAUAUGUCUAUAGAUGUUUCACAUUUUAGGCCACUAGGACUAACUCGUAUGAUGAAAAUGAGUCAUGUUGCCCAAAUAUAUAUAGUUUUUGUUGAUCAUAGCUACAUCAUUUGAUAUUGCAUAUAAAUCUGCCACUAUUCACUCAAAUAUUUUUUUCUUUCUUGUAUUUUGUCAAUAUUUCACAAUGACAUAUGAUUGUUUGAAGGUUCUCAAUGUCGUGAGUAUUGAUAUUACGUGUAUACGCACACCAAUUAACAUAAUGUGCACACUACCACAAUCAAAUGGUAUGUCGAUGUAGCACUUUAGGAUCAAAUCCACAGAGACCAACGAUUACACUUUAUCUUUAUGGAAUCAAUACUCAGCUAAAACAAUGAUGGGGUUUUGAGAUUAAGGUUUCGUAACAAGCAAGUAAUAAGAUUAAUUAAAGAUUUCAGAUGAUUAAAUUGCUAGCCUAGGGUGCUUUGGUCGGGUGUUAAACAAGUGUGAAGCCAAACAAUUAUUCAAGUUCGAUUAAAGACCAGUCUAGAACUCGGAUCACUUAAGAUAGAUCAGCCCACUGUCGUGGUGCUUCACUUUUUGUCAAUCGAUCUCAGUACCUAAACUGUCGUUUGGACUGAGAUGCGAUGACAAACAUUAAGAUCAAGUCCGAUAUGUUCACAAAACACCCUAACAUCUACUUUCGCUGGUUAGGGAUAUGAUGCUCAUUCAAGUUAUGUCUAGCAACCUAUAAUAGUUUUGAUGAAUAGAUUAAACCUAGAAUCAGGCACUAAGUGGUUAACACUUUUGAUCUAACACCUUAACACCCUAGACUAAGCAAGCUGACUACUCAGCCAUGAAGCAAGAAAACACAGAGACAGUGUUAACCACUUAGUGCCUGAUUCUAGGUUUAAUCUAUUCAUCAAAAGUGUUAUAGGUUUUUAGACAUAACUUGAAUGACAUCAUAUCCCUAACCAACGAAAGUAGAUGUUAGGGUGUUUUGUGAACAGAUCGGACUUGAUCUUAAUGUUUGUCAUCGCAUCUCAGUCCAAACGACAGUUUAGGUACUGAGAUCGAUUGACAAAAGGUGAAGCACCACGACAGUGGGCUGAUCUAUCUUAAGUGAUCUGAGUUCUAGACUGGUCUUUAAUCGAACUUGAAUAAUUGUUUGGCUCACACUUGUUUAACACCCGACCAAACCACCCUAGGCUAGCAUUUUAAUCAUCUGAAAUCUUUAAUUAAUUUUAUUACUUGCUUGUUACGAAACCUUAAUCUUAAAACCCCAUCAUUGUUUUAGCUAAGUAUUGAUUCCAUAAAGAUAAAGUGUAAUUGUUGGUCUCUGUGGAUUCGAUCCUAAAGUGCUACAUCGACAUACCAUUCGAUUGCGGUAGUGUGCACAUUAGGUUAAUUGGUGUGCAUAUACACGUAAUAUCAGUAGUUUUCACAUUUAAAGAUUUUUUUUUAAUUUCUUAAUCUAUUGUGGUCUUUUCCUAUUUUAGACAAAUGUUUUUAGAUAACUUAAGAAAUUGUCCCCUUGUACAUUGUGAUAUCUAGUGUUUGCUAUUUUUGCGUACAUCAAAUUGUAAAUACUCAAUUCUAUUAAAUCAGACUUCCACCGUUCCAUAACGAUUGAUAAAGAAUGUCACUUAGACACGUUUCACGCAAAUUAAGAAAAUGAUAAAAUUUACUAUGUAUCCUCAUUUGUUAUACACUUAAAGAAAAAUGGUUUAAAAUAUUUAAUAAGAAAUUUUGCAUUAAAAAUGUAGAAUGACACGUUUUGAAACAAAAUAAAAAUAUUAGAAUAACAUUCUUUAUGAAACAAAUGGAGUAGUUUCCAACCAAAAAAACUUUAUUCCUUUUCGUUUUUCGGAAUUUCAGAUUAUUUGAUUAAUCAUAUAGUUUCUUGGUCAAAGAGAUUCAAUAAUACAUCUUAUUUAAAUGCAAUAAUCAAUACAUAUAAUUUGUAUAUAUUAAUUAUUAAUUUAUCUUUAUAUUGGGGGCAUAUAUUUAUAUAAAAAUUCAAAAAUAUUAUAUAUUAUCGAAUUGUGCAUAUUUUAAACUACCUCAACUCGAGACCGAAAAAAUUUAUUAAUUUAGAGUGUUUAUUAAUUUAUCGAGUAUCAAUUUAUGCAUUUUCUAGUGUUAUAGUCCUUUUCCCCUUCAAUAAUUAAGCCAUUGUAUUUGAGAAUUAAUAAACCAAAGGCAAUUUUCGUCUCUUGGAGUUACUUUCAUUUUCUAAUCUAUACAAUUGACAAGACGCAUAAACAUCGUCUACGUCCUCAGAAGCUGCAGGGAAAUUGUAGAUGUAUGUUUUGAACGACCAUAUUCCAAAGUUUAAUUAAUACAAUGAUAAUGACAACCAGUAGUCCAUCACACAUGUGCUUAUACAAAUCACAUAUAUACAUAAUACAUGCCGGUAUAUAUAACUAAGUCGUAUUUAUAUAUGUGGUGCAUAGAUAGAUAAAAAUGUUUGGAGAAGAGAGAACAACAAAGAAACAGAAGACAAGUGACGGUUUGAAAGAACGUACUGAUGCAAUUGCAAAGUGCAACCACAAAACAUUCACACUCGUGCUAUCUCGGGAACAUCUUAUGUUUUAAUAUUAUCUACUUAUUAAUUAACAAUAUCAAAAGUAAACUGUCUCAACAUAGAUUGGACUUUCAGCCAAAGAUGUUCGAGUUCACACAAUGCGACCAGCACAAGUUUGUUUCAAACCCACGUUGUUUGACCCAUCUUCACAAUGUUCGAUCUUGCAAUUAGCAAGCAGCUUACAAACAACAAUUGAAUUACUCAAAAAAAAUUUUGUAUUACUCUCUUUUUCAAGACAUAAUUAAUAUAUUACUUAAACCCCAUAAUCGAGCAUCGUUAACUUAACUGGUAAUUAGUUGCCAUCUAAAAGAGAAAAUUUGUAAGUUGGAAUACUGACGACGAAUAUAAUUUGUUCUAGUCUCCGGUUUGAGAUGAAGACCCAUAACUUUUGCAUUCUAAAGAAAGGUUAUGAAUAUCAGAAUAUGUAAUGAAUAGGUCACUAUAUAUACAACGUUUCUAAAUACAUGUGUUUUUUUGUAGACUUAUCCACUUUACAUGCAACUUAUAUAACGGUGAAGAGGUGUGGUAUGGUUUUAAGCUUUUUUAACCCGCUUUCACCAUUCUCGUUCAACAAAAAAUCCUAGAAAAAUGUGGUGCGGAUUGCAUCAUUUAAAACUAAGGAAAUAAUCAGAACGCGUAUUUUUAAUGCAUGAGAAAAUCUAUCUUUUUGAUUAAAAUGUGAUAUUAUUUACCACAAAAAAAAAUUCUAAAAGGUUUGGUCCAGUGUGAUCAAACUCUAAAGAGCAAGACAGUUUUCAAACAAAAAAAGCUAAACAACUUUUCUUUCAUUAUAUAGAGGCUACAAUUUCUGAGAUUAUCAGCCAAGAAACCAUGAGAUCGUGUUCCAUCUUGUGAGGGCUUCAGUCGCAUCAUCUGCAUCAUGUGGAAGCGAAAUCAGCCCUAUUUCGAAUCUUCUAAUGGAUAAUAAGAGCCAAAUACAGAGAAGGAAGUCUAUCAUGACAUCUCUCAUUACUCGCCUUCUAAUUACAAUACAUUGUAGAUGACAUACGAGCCAGUUUAGAGUUUUUUUUUUUUUUUUUGAUAAAACGCCAGUUUAGAGUUGACUGACGUGAGAUAUGAAAAUAUCAUAUAUUAAAAUUUUGAAGUAUUAGGGUCUCAAAAUAUAUGUGAAUGUUGAAUUAUAACUCACAAUAAUGUGAAUAGAUAAUUUUUAACCCGAAAUAUAAAUUUACAACUCGCAUAUCACGUGGAUUAUAAUCUAAUCAACACAAAAACCAUCAAAUCAAACAAUUAUCAUGUAUGCUUCAACAGUGUAAACCCUAUUUUUAAUAUUAUUACAACGAACAUAUAUAAAUGAUGUAUCACUUUACAAUCACAUGAUUUUAUAUUAAAAAUACAUUAGAAAAAAAACAUCCUUUGGUACUGUCUUAAAGCGUAUGCAUUUUUUUUUUUUGUAAAAGGUCUUAAGCGCAUGCAUGAAUCGGGCCAUCGAUGAAAAUUUAGCGAGAAAUAAACAGGAGCAAACAAGUGCAAACGAAAAUGUAAACCCAAAAUAAAAAUAUAUAUAAUAUAUAUAUACACAAAUCGAUAACCAAUAUAUAUAUGUGCAAUUUUUCUAUUAACAUAAAACAAGAAAAUUGUGAUAAAAAACAUAAAACAAUAAAAUACACAUUGAUGUAGAUGAAUAUGAAAUUGGGGUUAUAACUCUGUUGUCAGAGAGAAUAAGAAAUUGGGGUUACCAUUCCCAAGUAAUAUGUUUCUGAAGCAGAGCCGACAUGGAGACGAGACCACCGAAGCAACUGCUGUCUUAGAUCACAACUCUCAUCUCCCAAAGCCAUCAAUAUAUUAUUCCCAUAAACACCUGAUUAUCUAUCAAUUAUCAAUAUAUUACCUCUCUCCAGAUAUAUGUAUAUGUUUACCUCAACAACGGUAUGUAAGAUAGAGCAGCCUCUAUAUUCUUGAUUUAUGCAUAUUAUUCAUUUCAUACGUUGAUGCACAUUGGCUUAGUUGGUUUCCUGGUCACCAAUAGCUUCACAUACUAUUCACAUUUCGAAUUCUAUACUUCUAUAUAUUUACAUUUAUAUUUGAUUUCGUUGUGGGUGACACAAAAAAGAAGGUGUAUACAACUUGUGUUUCUAGGACUGUUUAUUUCAGAAAAGUAUACUGAUAACAAGUGAUAUAAUUAUAAAAUUGCCUCAAAUUAAUACUGUUGAAUUCCAUUUAGGAGGGACGAUAUAUAUCUUCUUAUAUAUUAGCUAAAUAUUUUCCAACUACUAAUUGUGGAACUUCAUUCAUUCAAUAACACAUCUAGAACGAUUACUUGUACGUUUGCAUAUUUUUAACUAUAAACUCUACCAAAAUACCUUCAAAUCACAACAACACUCUUAAAAUCUAAUACUUAAACUAUUUUUCCAUAAAAGUAGAGUUUAAAUUUUAAAAUACAUUUUAAAAUCACAGUUGCAAUAACGUUAUAUUUUUUAAAAAAAUUAUGUUGGCUAACAUAUGAUCUGUCAUUUUAUACAAUCGCUUUAAAUCUUAGGUUAAUUUUAUAGACCAGUUCUAUGAGCACAACUGCACAAGGAUCUAAAUAUGUUUGACUUUAUAGUGCAUGUACAUAUACGUAAAACCAUAGAUCCACCAAAACGCUAACCCCAAAAAUAGUUUCCACCGCUUCGUCACAUCUCAAACGCUAGUACAUACACUGACACACCCAUAUCCUCUCUAUAUAUAUACACAUACACUCACAUCCCUAUCUUAUUUCUCUAUCUCUCUAGCACAAACCCAUCAACCAAAGCUACGGUGGCUUUCUUCUUCUCCUCCUUUGUCUUCUCCUCAAAGUCAUGUCUAAUCCAGCUUAUUCUAAUCUCUUCAACAAUGGAUUUGACAAUACAAACUUCAACUGUUCCACUUCUCUUUCUUACAUUUACAACUCUCACAACAGCUUUUAUUAUCCUAAUACCACAAACCCUAAUUACAUGGCUCCUACUACUUCCACUUUCCCUAACUCACCCCCGCUCAGAGAAGCUCUUCCUCUUCUUAGCUUAAGCCCUAUAAGGCACCAAGAACAACAAGAUCAACAGUUCAUGGACACAGAUCAGAUCAGCUCUUCAAAGUUUCUUGAUUAUCCUCAUGAUGUAACCGUGGAUCUUCAUCUAGGGUUACCAAACUAUGGUGUUGGUGGGAGCUAUAUUGCUCAUGUUGCAACAACUGAUGAGCAAGAUGAUGACCAAGGAGUAGAGGUCACAGUUGACUCCCACCUUCAUGAUGAUGAUGAUGGAGAUCUACACAGAGAUCAUCACUACUGGAUCCCUACACCUGAUCAGAUUUUGAUGGGACCUACACAGUUCUCUUGUCCUCUCUGCUUCAAGACAUUCAACAGAUACAACAACAUGCAGAUGCACAUGUGGGGACACGGCUCACAGUACAGAAAGGGACCAGAGUCCUUAAGAGGAACCCAACCAACAGGAAUGCUAAGACUACCAUGUUACUGCUGUGCACCAGGCUGCAAGAACAAUAUUGACCACCCACGAACCAAGCCUCUCAAGGACUUUCGAACCCUCCAAACACAUUACAAACGUAAACACGGGUCUAGACCUUUUGCUUGUCGCAGGUGUGGCAAAGCCUUUGCAGUGAAAGGAGAUUGGAGAACGCAUGAGAAGAAUUGUGGUAAGCUUUGGUAUUGCUCUUGUGGCUCGGAUUUUAAGCACAAGAGGUCUCUUAAGGACCACGUCAAGGCUUUUGGAAAUGAUCAUAUUCCUUGUGCGAUUGAUAACUUUGGGGGAGAUCAUGAGGACUACUAUGAGGCUGCUUCUGAUAUCCAGCAACAAGAUGAUUGCAACACAAAUGAGUGUUAAUUAUGUUCUAAUAUGUUCUGUUUUGCUCUCAUGCAUUAAAUUAAUUGUAUGCAUGGGUU